AUGAAGUUAUCAUCGUUCGCUACAUUUGCCGGUUUGGCAUACACUGCAGUGGCUGCAGUCACUACUGUCACUUUAAACGCCGAAUCUUCUGAUCAGGAUGUGAAUGGCAAAGCUAUAACCAGUUUGCACGAAGGAGCAGGAUUCAAUUAUCUCUUCUUAUCCGAGCACCCACAGAAGCUUUCUCUUGACGAUUCAAACGAUUCAAUCUUUUUUGAAGCGGCCGGAUUUAGAUGGAAUCUCACUAUCAGCGGCAGUGUCGUGUCAAUUGGCGUUCUUCAAUCUUCUUGGUACACUUCAUUGGAUGAUGAUUAUAUUGCUGUUAAUGGUUCAACUGAAGGUUUCUACGCUUGUAAGAAUACAAAUGAUCCAUACAACUAUAGCAAAGAUAGCUACCAAGUCACCUUCCCCAAUGGAGAGGCACCAAGUGGAUGCAAACCAAUCAAGUUGAAGGUUUCCAAGCAUGGAAAUCCCUCCCAUAGCCACAGUCAUUCUCCAGGCCCUUCAGAAUCGCCAUCGCACUCUUAUCCACACCACUCACAUUCACCGUCACCGUCACACGGUUACCAUAACACGACUAUCACUAAGCUGAAGACUGUCACUGACUAUGUAACUUACUGCCCUGGACCUACAACGAUCACCGUCACAACUUGUACCAAUGACGUAUGCAACCCUAGUACUGUAACGGUUAGCUCCGAAACCACUUUAACCGUCACGGGCGAGUGUGUUGUUCCUACGUCAUACACACCUCCACCAGAACAGUCUGAAUCACCAUCUACACCUACCAAUGAAGGAUCUACCAGUGCUGCAACUACGCCUGGAGUAUCUACAGUUGAAGAGGGCGCUGCUGGAAAUAAUUUGAUUCUGAGCACAUUUAUGAUGGCUGUCGUUGGUGCGGCCAUGAUUUUCUAA